GCCCUCUUUUUGUAAUUUGUUUGACCGGUAACGGAGGUGGCAAUAUGGAAUACGCCAUUUUGUUUUGAAUUGGCGUUGAAGUCUAUAGUUGCAAACAAUUUUCUCCUUUACAGGAAGUUAAAUUAAUCUUUUACACAGUGCUGUGUAGUUUAAAGGAAGGAGUGCCGUGUCAUCGACUGUGUUGUCAGUUAAUUGGUGUGUGCAGUGCGUAUGAUCGCCUCUGGAAGAGACAAAAUAACAGUUAGAAUUCAUAACAUGAAAAGAAGUAGUGAUAGGGACACUCCGCCUCGUAGCAAACGUUCUCGUUCAAGUAUGGGCAGGUAUGAUGAUAGUUCUGACGAAAGAAUCACCCCAGAUAGAAUUCGACGGCGUGGAAGCCGUGGACGUAGCCCUAGCCCUCGAGCACGAUACGUUUCGCCACAUCGCGAUGAUUAUAUGCGCCCACCAGAACGUUCUUACCCAUAUAAAGUCUUAUGUGUUAGUGCUUUGCAUGCUAAGGCGAGCGAUGAGGUUAUAAAGGAUACUCUUUAUAAAGAAUAUAAAAAAUACGGAGAUCUAAGUAUAAGAGUAACUCACGAUAUGGAUGAACGUGUUGCGUAUGUUUGUUUCCGGAAUGCUGAAGAUGCUAGGGAUGCAAAACAUGGAAAACCUCGUAUAAUAAUAUACGAUAAAAUUGCUUUGGUUGAGGCUGUGUAUGAAGUACCUCGUUCGGCUGAUAUAUAUCGCGGUAGACCACGUUCUAUUACCCCGGAAUAUGAUAGACAUUAUUAUUCUAGAUCACCUGAACGUAUGCGCCCUAUCGAUCGUUAUGAUAGAGGUUAUGGGCCACCGCCGGGUGUCCCAAUACAUCGCGAAUAUAGACGUGAAGCAAUGCCUGCUCCCCAUCACGAUUACCUUGCUAGACCUCCCAUACACCACGGUCCUCCCCACAUGGCUCCUAUGCAUGGGUACGGUCCACCUAGGCAGCACAUGCCACGCCCUCCUUUUGAACAAAAGGAAAAUAAAAAGGAUAAAUUUCCUAAUUAUUUACAUCAUAUACAACCUGAAGAAGAUCCUUUGGCUACGCGUACACUUUUUGCCGGUAAUUUAGAGGUGAACAUAACUGAAGAAGAGCUCAGACGAAUCUUCAGUAGGUAUGGGGUUGUUGAGGAUAUUGAUAUAAAAAGACCGCCUCCAGGUACAGGUAAUGCUUUUGCUUUUGUCAGAUUUAAUACUUUGGACAUGGCUCAUAGAGCUAAAGUCGAAUUAUCUGGUCAGUAUAUAGGUAAAUUUCAAUGUAAAAUUGGAUACGGUAAAGCUACACCUACCACAAAAAUAUGGGUAGGUGGUUUAGGUCCAUGGACAUCAGUACCUCAAUUGGAACGGGAAUUUGAUAGAUUUGGUGCAAUAAAAAAAAUUGAUUAUGUAAAAGGUGAUAAUCAGGCACUUAUUUUGUAUGAUAGUAUAGAUGCUGCAACAGCAGCUGUUAAGGAAAUGAGAGGAUUUCCCCUAGGUGGACCUGAAAGAAGACUCAGAACUGAUUUUGCUGAUGUAACUCCUGGCAUAACAUACAGACCAAAACCACCCUAUGCUUCUGCUGAAGACUAUAGAGCCAGAGAAGUCGAAUAUGAUUUUGAUUAUGAUAGGGAUCCUUAUCGUGCUAGGCCUUUUCCAGAAAAGAGAGGAGGUAGUAGGGAUCCUUACAGAUAUCCUGAAGGAAGAGAGGACGAAUGGGGUAGAACACGUGAUCCUGAAUUUGAUAGGCAAAGAUCGACUUCUAGAGGAUUUCCUCGAUCUAGAUCUAGAUCACCGAGGCGGUCGCCUGAUUCGGAUUCAGAUAGUGGUUCACGUAGAGCUGGUUUACUAGCAUCAAGCCGUACUUUACCAGAGGUAGCGAGGAAAUGCACUACAAUAUGGCAAGGUGCAUUAAUAUUGAAAAAUUCUCUUUUCCCAGCCAAGUUCCAUUUAAUGGACGGAGAUACGGAUAUAGUUGAAGGUUUAAUGAAAGAUGAAGAGGGUAAACAUCAAUUGAGAAUAACACAAAGACUGAGACUCGAUCAACCAAAGCUAGAAGAUGUCCAGAAAAGAAUAUCCAGUGCUAGUUCUCACGCAAUAUUUCUAGGACUAGCCGGUUCCACUGCUUCUGUUACUAAUGAUGAUGCUACAGUCCAAACGAGACCUUUAAGGAAUUUGGUUUCUUAUUUGAAACAAAAAGAAGCCGCCGGAGUAAUUUCACUUUUAAACAAAGAAACCGAGGCUACUGGAGUCCUGUAUUCCUUCCCUCCCUGUCCCUUUUCAACUGAGUUAUUAAAACGUAGUUGUCCAAACCUAUCCGAUGAAGCUAUAAAGGAAGAUCAUCUUAUUAUAGUUGUGGUACGUGGUGGUACAGCUUAAUUUUUAUUAUUUUUUUUUUCUUCCUUUUUUGCUUAUACCUUUUAAUUUUAUUGAUAUACAUUAAGACUCAUGUGAAAAAGUAUAGUCAUUAUAUUUAGAAAAUUUUGUUUUGGUUUCCAGAAAAGUUUCUUAUUUUCUCUAAUUGAUAUGGAUGUGUAAGUUCAAAAAUAAUAAGCAAAGAUAUUUAUUCAAUUUAAAUAAUAUUGGGAAAAUUAAUUUUUUAUUUUGUUUCUUUGUUAUUGACGAGUAAAAUAUAAUUCAAAAAUUCAAAUGUAACAUCUCUAUAACCAAGACAACAAAAUAAUUUUCAAUUAAAAAUGUCUUAUUAGUCAAAAUUAGUCUGUUAUUCUAUACUCGUAAAUCAAAUAAUUAUUUUAGAAGUUGUAGGUAAUGAAAGUAAUAAAAAAUAUAGAUAAAUAUUAUUUCAGUUAUCAAUAAAUGAUAUUUUACUUUAUUAGAUUUUAAAUGUUACGUUAACCUUUAAAUUGGUUGCAAUUAAGUGUUAAAAAAUUAUUUUCUUCAUCUUGUUACUUUAGAUUGUUAGGUUUUAUAUGAAUUGAAUCUUAAAUUGAAAUAUAAUUUAAAGGUUACAAAUCUGGAAAACUUUGUGGAUUUUUCUCUCAAUUUCUGAAGUACACUGAUGCUUUAAUUGAAAUUAUCAUUUACAAUUUUGGUUUUUGUGGAAACUAUUUGAUAUUAUAGCAUUCCCUAAUAUUUUUUUGUAUGUAAAUCUGUUUAAUAUUCUGUUUAAAAGAUUUAUCAAAAUAUCAGGUUUUGUAUCAAUUAAUUCUCAGGUUACCUCUUGAAAAUUAAUCCAAAGGUUAUAAAUCUGGAGAAAUUUGUGGAUUUUUCUUUCAAUCUACGAAAUUCUGAAGUACAGUGAUGCUUUAAUUGAAAUUUAUUUUUGUAUGUUUAUUUCUAUAAAAAAAAUCAUUUUUGAAUAUAAUUUUUAAUCUAUAAGCAUACUUAUUGAAUUAUCGUCGUUAUUUUAUUAUAAAAUAUGUUUAUUUAUUUAUAUGUACUAUGUAAAUGAGUAUAGUACAAAAAUUUUUUAAUUAUAAUUUAUAUACAGCUUUUCUGAAAACCACCAAUAGGUUAUAGGAUCAUUUCGUAUGAAAUCAACAUAUUGAAAUAAAAAAAAUUCUUGAUCCCCUCAGAAUUUGAUGAAGUUUGGUAUGAACGUUGCCCUUUUAAUCAGUUAUUUUUUAAGAGGUAUAGGAUUUGAUAUUGAAAAAAAAAAAUUGAAAAAAUUGAUGAAAUAUUCAUUGUAAUCGAUAGAACGAUCAGAAUAAUUUAAUGUUUGAAGAUGAUUUCAUGCAUAUGUUGGCCGCGGAUUCGCUUUAGAUAGCCCAUGCACAAGGUCCAAUUUUGGCACAUUCUCUCCAACAUAUCUGCCAGUAUUUCACGCAUUAUUGCUUCAAUAUUGGUUUCCAGUGCGUCAAUCGUUGCUGGUUUAUUCCUGUCGGCUCUCAAUUUGGCGUGCCGAGUGGCAUGUGGUACCUACCGUCUUCUUGAAACCACGUGUCAGGCAUGUCCAAUUCUUAUAUUUUGGGCCCAAAAUCCACACCAAACAGUGACUUUAUGGGAUGCUUUGGUAGCUCUUGCAAUGCUUCUGGCUGGUCUUCACUCAAGGUGCGGCAAUUUUUCUUGUUGACGUAUCCAUUCAACCAGAAACGAGCUUCGUCGCUGAACACAAUUUUUUGGUUGGAUCUCCCUCCAACUUUGCCAGCGCCUAUUCACCAAAUGUUACACGUUGUGGGAUAUAGUGUGACUUCAAUUUUCGCACCAGCCGUUUUACACCCAAAUCCUUUGGCAAAAUUUUCAGAUGAUUCAGCAACGAGGCCAAAAUGGCGAAACUGUCUUUCUCGCUUAUCUAGGCACGCGCUGUCCUUGAAAUGACUCCGUGGACUCCGUGAACAUCUACAGAGAAAUCGAAUGAAGUCUGAAAGCUGUACAGAAACAUGAUUCUUCUUUCUGUGACCCAUUGCGAUCGCGGGCCGUAUCUUUGACAUGACUGCUGUAACGGGUUGUGAUUACAACUUUCAUACUAAAUUUCGUUAAAUUUUGAGAGGUUUAGGUUUGUAUCCCGUUUACGAUUUGAUAUGGAACGAUCCUAUAUUCGUUUAUCUAGAAUUAUAUUAUUUGCUUCGGUACUAGUAAUUUAGAUAUUUUUACUAUACUUUUUGGAUUUAAACGAUAAUAGGUAUAGGGGAACUUAUCUAUUCACAUUAUAAUUCAGCGGUUUUCAGGGAAAGAGAGUCUCUAAUUAGUGCAGGCAUGUAAAAAGUAUAAUUAACAAAGGGUUUAUUUCAGGAAAUUGGUGAUCAACGGUAAAUAAACAAAACGUGUUAUAUACUAAAACGUUAUUUAUGCAGUGACAAAGGAAACUUAAAGUUAGUGCAGUUCUUUCUCAUAAGUUUCUGAUUAUUUUUUUCUUUUGAUGACUGCAUAGCUUCAAUGUGAAAGAACUGUAUACAUUUCGAGAUUGUGUUUAAAAGUAGUGAUGUGUAGUUUGUAUUAUUUUAUUGUAUAUUGUUAACUAAACAAAAAAAAAAAUACCAUUUGUGACGAUUGUGUUCAGUUACGUGUUUCGAUUUUUUUUUUUUUCACAAUGGUACAUGCCCAUGUUUACCCGAUGUAAAAAAUGUACUCUAUACACUGUGUUGUGAAAUAGAUAGUUCUUACAAUAAAACGUGUUUUUGAUUGGUGUGUUCUGGGGGUGAAAUAAUAUUCAGUGAAAAUAUUCACUAACGAAGCAUUAAGUGAUAUUUGGUCAAUUAACAAUAACGAUCUAAUGUUGUGUGAAGGAAAGUGAUUAUUGUGAAAUAGUUCAGGAGAUGAUAAGGUCUGUAAUUUUUUAUUUUUCAUCCGUUUUAAAUUAGUAAUUUUCCAAAAAAAAAAAAAAAAAAAGUGACGCUUCCAAUAUAUAAAGCUGAAUUACUGAUAUUCGAAAUUAAUUUCACACAGUGGAUCUUUAAUUUUAAACGUCAUAUAGAGUGAGUUUUAUGUAUGGAACGCCUCAAUUAUCUCGGAAACGGCUUGUACGAUUUUUAUAAUUUUGAAUUGUUGUCAGAUCUUUCCUUUUUCCAGAAAAAUAAUGAAUUUUGUUAUUUCAAAUAGAUCACCCUGUAGAUUUUCCGCUUUUCGAAAUCCUUGCCAUAAUUUCGGAGUUAGUUAGCUACAUUUACAAUAUCUCCACCAAAGUGACAAUAAAUAUUGUACAUUUAGAUGGCCAAGAUUGAAUAAUUUGAAUAUUCUUCACUAAUUUAUGUGCUAAUAUAAAUCUCGUAACAAGGUUAAGUGUCAAAGUUAGUAAAAAGUUUAACUAAACCGGUGCCGGAAAAUAUUUAUCCAAAUCUUGUCGCGGAAAACUAGCAAUAACUGAAGACAAAUCUUUGAAUGUUUGUGUCGUGUUAGGAGUAGAAAAAUUACGAAUUUUAGAAAACAUAUAGUGAAGGCGAUUACAGCAGAUGCUCAAAAUUUUGUCCAUUUACUUCAAUACAACAAGCCAAGCGAUUUUUCAAACUUUGCAAUACAUUUUGCAACAUCCUUGACUCUUAUCUAUGUGAUUAUCUUUUACUUCCUUAAUAUUGGCAGUUUUUGUUUUAUAAACGAUGUUUUUAGAGUGACCCCGCAGAAAAUAGUCUAAUCUAAUCUAAAGGAUUCAUAUCAGGUGAUCACGGGGACUAUUCGAUAAAAAGUGGGGCACCUAACCUAACCAAAUAUUGUUAUUGUCUAAAAAUUUCUAAUAAUGAAGUUUUUUUUUUAACUGUAGUUUAAAAUACUUAAUUGGAUUUGUAAAUAUCCGAGCCAACUCAGAUGUAAUACUAUUUUCCAAUAAUGACCAAUUAUUUUGUCGCCUAUUAUUCCAGUCCAUACAUUCAGUUUUUCGGGAUAUUGGGUGUGGGAUUUACGCAUCCAACGAGGAUUGUUACGUGACCAGUAUCUACAGUUAUGCCGAUUUACGUUUCUAAUAAUACAAAAAGCCUCAUCGCAAAACAUAAUAUCACUUGAAUAAUUUGGAUCGUUUCGAUUUUGAUUUUCCCAUCAUUAGGUCUGUAAAUUAUUCACGUCUAUCGAAAUCGUCAUCUGGCUACUCUUGAACCAACCUAUUCCGGAUAUUCUCGAGUGUGGAUCGUCUUCUAAAAAGACACAAACAUCUUGUUUUUAGUUGAUGGAGUUUUUUUUCCGCCCCCGCGAUUUUGAUAAAUCUUUUACUGAACCAGUUUCGUUAAACUUUCAUACUAAUUUACUAACAAUAGAUUUUCUUAUGGAAUUUCGGUUAGGAUAUAAAUUAUUAAAGAUAUUACGCGUUUCUUGUUGGCUCAUUCUGUAUACUAAAAUGGACUUGAAAUUUAUAAAUUUGGUUUUUUCAUUCAAUGCACAUAAAGUGGAAACGGUGGAAGUCUUUAAUCACGUGAUUAAUACGUCAGCACAAUAUUCAUGUGAAACAAAAUCAAAAUUUAUGGCCACUCGGUAGAAAUAAUCGAUAUGCCUAAUAUUCCAAGGGGUUGAUCUUUUAUGAAUUUGUAAUUAAAAACUUUUUUAAUCGUUUGGUUAGCAUCGACCUUUUUAGCAAAACUAAUUCAAUAAAAAAAUCGAUAUACUGGGUGUAUAAGUUACAAAAUCCAAAAUUAGUAUUACUGGAAAGCUGAUUUUUUGCAGGAUGACAUAAUAAUGAAUCUAUUAACUGUAUGUCUUCUCACUGAAUACAAUAUUUUCACCAACACUCACGAUUAUACUGUCUGAAGCGCGUUUCGAUAUCCAGUCUCUGAAGACGAUAACUUGAUUAUCGAAACGCGCAUCAGACAGUAUAAUCGUGAGUGUUGGUGGAAAUAUUGUAUUCAGUUUGAAUACCACCAAAGUUUCCAGAAAUUCCAAUUUAGGGCCUUUUCAUACUAGGGGAUUGCGAGCGUCUUCAAAGCGGAGCACACGCCUAGCGAAUUCGUUGCGGACGCUGCGAAUGUCAACGUGGACGCCAUUUUGUACCGUGUACUUAUUUAAUUUGUUGUGCGCUUAAAACGAAAACGUCGCAUUCCUGUCCCAGCCGAUCACUUCUCCACCAUCAUAAUACACCCACUCAAUUCCUAUUCCUAUAUCUCAGAUAUACACACGCGCUGUACCUUCUGAUACAAAUAAUAGAGACAGUUAGAUUUUACCGUAUGUAAAUUAAUUUUCACUUUGACAGACCACCACAAAUUGUUUAAAUUUUUUUUAACACUACACGAUUUUGGGGUGAUUUUUCCUUUCUGUCACAUUGACACCCCAAUGACUUGUACACGGGGUGUCCUCCCCGUACCGCCAUGUGCGUUUCUGACUUUAUGAACUGAUUUAUUUUGGAACGUUUUUUUUUUCUGGGGGGAUAGGCUUUAGGUCUUAAUAGAAGAUUCCUAAGCAGCAUGAAAAUCAACGUUUCCAUAACAGACGUCAGAAAUACAAUUUAAAUACGUAUAUAUACAUCGAAUCAACACAGACGAAAUUUUGAAAAGUUCUAGCUAAAACUCAAAGCCCUUAAUAUCUAAGUAGUACCAGGAACUUUCCAUUGAUUAAACAUUGUAAUAUUUCCAUAUUUCGGCAUUCUAGAUAUAAAAUUCAAAUUAGUUCCUAAAAGAACUGAUUUUAACAAUAAAUGUACGUUUAAUACAAAAAUUCGCCAGAAAUCUCACACAGUAAACAAAUCUUACAUAACCUCAAAAUGCGGUAACGUCAAAUUCCACUGUCAGCACGUGUCAGUUAUUCACGUUACGUCAAUUGUAUCGUUGUCUCUUUUUACGAUUAUUGCUGUCAAUUUAAAUAAACUAUAACGUAUAUCUUGUAGUUAGUCUUUUAAAGAAGACCAUCGAUCUCGUGUUGUUAAAUUUGAUUUUUAUAGAUAGCAGAAGUCACGUGAUGGAAGAUUUCCAUAGUUUCUACUAUACACACAUAAAUUAAAAUAUUUUAAUGAGCUCAAUAUAUUCGAUUUAACAUAAUUUGUUCAGGUAAAAUGUGGAUUCUUACAUGGAGAGAAAUUAGCAGCCACAGGAUCUGGUUAUUAAAACAGCGCCCUCGUAUAGUUUUUGCCGGGAGGCGGAAGUUAUUAUCUUAUUUUGAAUCAAAAUAGACCUAUUCUUGUUGCAAUAUCGGUAGACCCAGUUUUCGAAGCUGGUCUGCUAAUACCACUUCUUUAAGAAAGCUCAGAAUGUGGGAUGGCUGUAGCUGCUAGAGAUCUUCGUCCUCUAUUUCAUACGCUCCGGGAUGUAUCUCACACUUUGAGAGAAUGUGGAUAGAGGUUUCAUCAUCUGUGCAACAAAAUCUGGAUGCCGCAUUAUCUGCUAAGUCUUCAGGUGUUUGUUGAGGCGACAGUGCCCCGAUAGGAUUCCUGUUAGUAUUCGUAGAUUGUAGGUUGGUACAUUCAGCAGAUCUCUCUGGUUAUAGUUUCCCAGAAGGGUCUUUGCCUGUCUUUACCUUCUCUUCAAAUGCUUUUUCUAUUGUUCUCCAGCUGGUACUACAGAAGAAUUCAGGUCCCGCGAACGGAUGGACUGUCACCUCUUUAUCGAGCUUAUAUCAGCUAAUUCAUUUUUCUUGUUUAGCUGGUUUAGUUUUUCUAUGCAAUCGCAAAUUGGCUAUCGGUCAAGAUGAUGAUCUGUUUGCGUUAACUCCUCUCUUGUUUGAACUUUUCCCCCCUUUUUUGAGAUGCAGCAGGUUUGGUCAUUAUUUAGAGACGGUUUCUCUUUAGUGAUUCCGUCUCCGAACAUUCUAAGUGAUGUUUUUUUCUGCCAUGAUAUCCAGUAUUAUGGGGAGAGGUGGGAUAUUUAGAAUCACUUUAAGUGCAGCUGUUUUAUAUUUUUGGAUUAAAGCGGUUGCUCACCUUAAGAGGUGUGGAUGAUUAAGAACUAGGUUUGAAAGAAAGCUAUCAAAGAAGAGAUGUUUAUGAGCUAAAAUUUGAACUACCUCGGGAAUUUUACGUAUUUUUUAACAUCACGUAACAAAAAUUUUAAAUUACAAUCGGGAUAUACAUUUUCCACCAAGUAAGAUACAGGGUUUGUCCGGAAAGUAAUAGGACUGAGUCGAUUUAAAAAAAUUUAUUGAGUCAAUCGUUACAAUUCUUUAAAAACUUUCAAAAUAGGCUCCUUAUGCGUCGAUGCAGCGCUGACAGCGCGAUUUCCAAGCAUUGAAGGCGUCACGGAAGGCAUUCUCCGGAAUAGCCUUGAGAGCUGCGGUGCAUGCUGCUUGGAUCCCUCUGUCGUCUCGAAAUGCUUGCCUUUCAUCGGCCUUUUCAGGCGAGGAAACAAAAAAAAGUCCGGGGGACCACAUCUGGGCUGUAAGGCGGCUGCGGAAGCGUUGGAAUGCCGGCCUUAGUCAGGUCGUCAGUAAGCACUUUUGGGACCAUCUUCGCGCACACCUUGCGCAUGUUCAAAUGCUCCGUCACAAUGUCAUGAACCACAGAUUUUAGUAAAUUUAACAUCUGGGAAAUAAAACGAAUACUUAGUCGACGGUCUGUGUUCAAAACUUUGCGCACACGAGUCACAUUGUCGGUGUUUGUCGAAGUCGAAGGUCUUCCAGCACGGUCUUCAUCGGCGACCUCUUCCCGGCCCCCAAAAAGGCCUGGUGCCACCGAAACACACCACUUCUUGCUAAAGCAACAUCUGGGUAAGCCUGCUUGAUCAUAUCAAACGUCUCUGUCGCAGAUUUACCGAGUUUCACACAGAAUUUAAUCGCGUACCUCUGCUCUAACGGACGCUGCAUUUUCGGCUUGCACAACUCACAGAAACACGUCGCGCGAAAUUGCCUGUCCUGACUCUUCAGGUGCUCGUUUGUUAGCUAGGAAUGCCUUCUACCGAAUCCAGUCGGUGCGCGCACGCUCUGAAGUACAAUCGCGGCGGAAGAAAAUCAAUCCUAUUACUUUCCGGACAAACCCUGUAGGUAUAAGUCAAAUUGCUUAGGAAAUUUUAAAUCAAACACCCAGUAACUACAUUUUAUCUAGUACAUAUCGCUCACUCCUUUCAACAACGUCAUAUCUCAAAAAAACACGAUUUUUCAGGAGAGUGAAUUUAAAGUAGAAUAAAAUGAAUUGAAAAUAAUUUUUCAGACUCCAAUUGAUUUUUUUACUAUGCAUCACCUCUUUUCAGAUAAUGUUGUCUGUUUGAAGAAAAAUUUGUACAAAAUUUUUACAUUUUAAAAAGCUGCUUUUUAUUUAUGACGUUAUUUCCCCAUCUUUUUGAUGAUAUGCUUGGAGUAUGUCAAACUAUGUCGGUAUUGUCAGUGAAAUAUUAAAAUUUGAAAGUUUUACAUUGAAGUAUCUUGAGCUAAGCCAUUCUUGCAAAGAUAAUUCCGAAUAGGCAGUUAUUCCUUAUAUUUUAAAUAAUUACUUUUAUUUCAUCUUCCAAUGGAAUGCUGUUUAAAAGAAAAGAAUGAAUUUGGGAAAGGCAACAGAAUUUCUGUUAAUUAAAACACAAAUAAGAGAUAUAUUGUUUUAUUUGGUCAUACAAAUUAUCACAGAAUAUAAUUAUGGUAGCAAAAAAAACUAAAAUUAAACAGAAUAAAAAAAUAUUAUGUACGUACAAAAGAUAAUCAUUCAAAAGUUAUAAUAGAUAAAACUAUUUGAAUAUAACAUUUAGAAAUAAUUUAAACAUUUGGUAUGAAUUUUUUUUCAAACAGUCGCAUCAGGUCAUUCCUUUUUUUUUGUCUGAUAUUUUGGGUUUUUGAGUUUAUUAUCUUUGCUUUUUCUAAUGAUUAAAGCUUCCAUGAAGUCAGGUUCUGCAUAAGAAUGUUUAUAAAAAACAGAAUUUGGCGAAUCUUGUUAAACUCUCGUUACUUUAAUCUACUCUAAUCUAAGAAUUUGACUGGUUGAUCUUGAUUAUUUUUUACUAAACGAAGAGGACCUAUAUUAGUGGCUAAACAUUUCAAGUCGAAGAAGUCUUCAUACAAAAGUUCAUGAACAUGAAAUGAAUGUUGUGAAAUCUCAUAUUAUAGUCUAAGUACCUUAAAAUUUUCUUACUUCCACUUUCUGAUAAGUUUUCAUUUUGAUCGAUGUUUAAAGCUAACGCUAACAUUUUUUACCCUCGAGACGUCAUCAUAAUGAUCAAACUGAAAAUGAGAAACGUUUAUUACUAAUUGAAGACAAUCCCACAAAACCAAUUGAUCAAAAACCAUUUUGUAUGAGGGAAAAAGCAUUAUUGGCAAUAGCGUCAUAAGUCAAAAUAAAACAGAAUAAUAAGCUUUUCAUUUCCCAUACAAUACUGUCCUAAAUCCAAUUAGUACAUUUUUAUACAAAAAUUACAAUAGAAAUUGUACUUACCUUUUGUCCAAUACUGUGUUUUGAAGAAAUAAUCCAUUUUUGCACUAAAAGGCACUGACAUUUCUUCCUUAGCCACUCAAGACCAACUGGCUUGUGACGCUCUUGAAAUAACCAAUGAUGGAAUAUUUUAUAAUGCAGAAACCGCACUACUGGUCUCUAGAGGUCAAGUAUUGAGUUAAGAAUAUAACGAUCUUGCAAAGACAUACUACUCUUCCAGUACAAUCAGAAAAUAGUCAUAACUCGAAAUUGCCGAUUUUUGAGAUGAAUUAAGUAAAUGAGGUUAUGUAUACUGAACAACACUAACGAUUACACUGUUUAGAUCAGAUUGAAACCAAUAUGCUAUCUCGGAAAUAGAAAUUUGAUUUAUUUUAUAGGUUAAUGACGUUUGGAUCUUCGAAACUUGCUACAUUCAAUUUCUCAUUAAUUACAAUUUAAUUGGGAAAGUGAAUUAUGAUACAAGUUACUUUUCAAAUAGAAGAAAGGCAUCUUAUUCCUAGGGGGGAAACCCACUUUAAGGUCUUGUAAACACCACAGGAUGAUAAGAAUAAAUGAUGCACAGUAUUGUCGCUUAGCUCAGAUUAAUAUUCGACAUGACCUACGAUUUUUUGAAGUAAACUUCAUUAUUGCCUUAAUUACAAUGGCAGGUCGCGAAGUCUGUGAGUUUAGUCGCGACAUGGACAAGUUUCUACGUUGUGUCUGUGCAUCAAACACCCCAGAAAAAAAAACAGCGACAGAGAACACCUUGGAGUGCAUUGACGCCAAAAAAGAGCAAGGAGACUUCUCCAAUAAAGUUUUAUUAUUAAAAUGAUAAAACAAUCAAUGUGGAAUAUAAUGCCAAGCUAUUGGGUUGGAUUAAUGAGGUUCUCGUGAAGAAAUUCUUCUGUGGUAAUUCGUAUUUUUACAUUUAUUUUCAUAUGAGAUUUUUUUAAAUAAAAAUUCACGUACUAGCAA